AUGGAUUUAGAUCCUUGGAAUCCUGAAGUAUUACCUUACCUGUAUCCGGAUUAUGAUCCUUUCAAAACAUGCCAAGUGACUCGUGUUAUGCAUACAGAAUUAAAAAACGGCACAAUUCGAAUGGUUGAUAAUACGACAUCAGAUUGUGAGUAUCGAUGCCUUUACAAAGAUGGUGAAUGGAGUUUUACAAGCGGUGAAUGGAUUAAAAUGGAAAAAAAUGCAACAUAUUAUGAGAGUUGUGAUUUUAUUGAAACACAUUGCUGGAAAAGAAACAAGACCACGUUUCGCUACAUUCAUGUUCAGGUAAUACGACCAACACAGAAGAUAUUCCAGAAGGAGGAUAACUUACAUCCCGGGAUAUUCAUUUUAAUCUUCGACUCUACCUCACUUUCUUCGGAAAUUCGUACACUUGUUAAAACUAACCAGGCUCUCUAUCAAUUUUACGAUGCAAUAACAUUUUAUUAUCACAACAAAAUUGGCUUAAACAGUCGACCAAAUGCUUACGCCAUUUUUUCAGGAACUCGUACCAUUGAUUUAGAUGCGAAUCUUUUUCCUGGUAGAAGUAAUGCAGAGCAUCCACAGUUCUGUAAGCAGGGUGUCAAAUUGAACGAAACGGUAACUUAUGAUUUUACCAAUCAAAGUUAUGCAUCAAUAAUGGCGGAAGAUUGGCCAAGCAUGUUCACCUAUCCAAACUGUCAUGGUUUCCCCAAAGCUCCAACCGAUCAUUAUGGGAGUGCCUUGGUGCGUCGGCCGAAUCAAGAAAACGAGGUUCAAAAGGAUUUCAAAACUCAUUUCUAUGGAGGAGAAUGUCACGAACACUAUCACAAACUUAUGGAUUUUAUGGAUAAAUUCUUAGAUGAAUAUAAGGGAUUCUCAAAAUUUGCUUUGGUGUGGAUAACAAAUCUAGCUCAUAGUUCAGCCAGUGGAUUAUAUCGAGCUGAUAAACAUUUCGCCAAAUUUUUUCGUAAAAAUGUAGACAAUUUGAAACACUCAUUCGUAUUUGUAAUGGGUGAUCAUGGAUUACGAUUUGGGGGAAUACGAAGAACUGAUACUGGAAAUCAAGAAGACAAUAAUCCAUUGCUUAUGAUAGCAGUACCACAAUAUUUGCGUUCAAAUGGGCAGCUUAUUUUGAAUUUGAAACAAAAUUCUCGAAGACACACAUCUCAUUAUGACAUCUACGCAACACUUUACGAUAUAGCACGAUAUGCAAGGAGACAGAGUUUCCAGAAAUGGGAUGAACAUGAUUUUAGCGAGGAACUUGGCAAGGUAAGAGGUGGAAUCCGAGCAAAGAGUCUUCUAAGGCCCAUUCGAUACGAUAGAACAUGUGAAGAGAUGGAAAUUCCGGAUCAAUUCUGUAUCUGUGAAAAACAGUGGCGCAAGACCACCACUCACAACGAAAAUGUCAAAAAAGCUGCGCAGUUCAUUGUCGAUACAAUCAAUGACAUCUUGAAAAGAAAACGUGAAACGUGCAAAACACUUUAUUUAAAAGAAGUAAUUUCGGCAAAAUACCUCAAGGAACAACCAUUGCAGAAAAUAGUGGUUAGCGCCUUACCAAGUGAAGGAAAAUACGAAGCGCAAGUGUUGAAGAAUAAUAAUAGUUUCGAAAUACUUGGAAAGAUCGUUCGACUGAAUGCUUACGGUAACCAAAGCCACUGUGUGAAGAAUGAAGACCUUCGCCCAUUGUGUUACUGUUGA